AUGGUUUUGAGCCAAUACAUCACUGAUGUUAUUAAUAAAAAUCGUCGAAUCAUCAGCAAUGAUGUUCCACUGUUAGAUUUAAUAUAUGAUUUAAAUAGUGAAAUGAUCAUAUCAGACGAUGAGCUGGUCAAAUUAAGAGACAAAUGCGACAAUAAUAAACAGCGGGCAUUCGAAUUUAUUCAGCUAUUGAAAUCAAGAAAUGAUGAGAAUUUUUUUCAGUUUUGCUCCAUUUUAAAAGAAGCUCAGGUUCAGCAUGUUCAAAAUAUUGGCCAAAAAUUGGAAAAUGAAGCAAAGGCUACAAAAAUUUGUGAUGAUGAAAAUUUGUUAAGAAAUCUUCCCAUAAUUCCCGAAUCCGAUUAUAUCACUCGGAACGAAUUUGUUAACACUAUCUGUAGUGAACUGAAGAGAAUUCAUGAAAACAGCGGUCAUAUUUUAGUGCAUGGAAUGGCCGGCAGUGGUAAAAGUGUUGCUGUUUGCCAAUCUGUUCGACGUAGCAUCGAAGCUGAUAAUUAUUUUAAACCACACGGCUGUUAUUGGAUUAAAAUUGGUAAUAUUUCUGAUGAGAAGCUAUUGUCGAUACUAAAGAAUUUGAGUGUUCGUCUUGGAAUCGUCUGGGUGCAAUCACCUCAAACAUUGGAUGAAAUUAGCGCCAAAAUCGAUCGUUUCUUGCAAGAUAACUCCGAAAUAGCGAGAACAUUAUUCAUAUUUGAUGAUAUCUGGAAUGAGCGACACUACGAUUAUGUAGCAUUCGCUAAAAAAUCUGUUGCAACGUCAAGAUUUAAUUAUGCCAGAAACAAAAUCAGCCACAUCCUCAUCCCUACACGGGAACAAUUUACGGACGAUGAAGCUAUGGCAUUAAUAGCAAAACGACGCGAAUACGAUUGCCAUCAGACAUUUUUAAAUAGUGAUACAGUUAAAAAUGUCAUUAAAAGCUGUGCUGCUCUACCUUUAGCUAUAAGUAUCAUUGCCGGCUUAGAUCUACAAAGUGAUGAAGAAUGGGAAGAAAUAAGGAAAAGAAUUUGCAGCAAAGACUUAAUGAACGAUUUACCGGACUACGAGCUAAAUGUAUUUAACACAUUGGAUUUAAGUGUGAGCAAAUUAAAUGAUAGUGAAAAGAGUUUAUUUCGGCUACUUGGAGUAUUUAGAGCCGUAGAAAUUCCACUUGCAUCUGUUAUUUGUUUGUGGAAAAUUGAGAUAACGAAAGGAAUCGAGCUGCUAAAGAUGUUGAAUCGUAGAUCGUUACUAAAAUAUUCAGGAGGAAAGAGACGUUACGUUGUCUUGCAUGAUCUAAUGAUUCAGUAUCUUCAGCAAUCAACCAUUUCUAAUUUAUCACGUCAAGAAUAUCAUAAAUCUUUAAAUAAAGAAUUAAUUGAUGGUUACUUUGCCGGAUGUGGAGGAAACUGGUCAAGUUAUAAGGAUGAUGGCUAUUUCUAUCAAUAUUUGAUUUAUCAUGUCAUACAGGCUGAAGCUGAUGAUAUUCUACAUCAAGUUAUGACUGAUUUUAACUGGAUGAUGAUAAAAAUCAGAACGGAUGAUACGAUAUAUAACCUAAGCCAAGAUGUUAAUAAUUAUAUCGACUAUUUACGAAAGGGAAAUAAGGACUGGCACGAAUUCAAUCAACUACUGGAUUUAUUAAAACAACACGAAUUUUCAAUAGACAAAUAUGAUAUGGAUGUAAUACAAACUUUACUCUGGUAUGGAGAGAGAGAUAGCAUGAUGAGAGAGCGAGCGGUGCAAUUAGCUCGUAUAAAUACACAAACUGAUGACUCUGUCUACUGGAUUAUGUUCUUAAUCUCUGGUAAUACAGUGACCGAAUAUACAUACAAUGCAUCAAAAAGAUUUGGUAAGAAUUUUCGAGACGAUUCUAUAUCCAUAUCUAAUCCUAAUUCUGGAAAUUGGCGAAUCGUUGGAACCGAAAAUAAUGGAACUACAGACUGUCAAAUUAUAGUUAAAGAUCAUCAAACAUCACAUAUUGUAUAUCAAAUGUCUCCAUCUUAUCGCUAUAUUUCAAGCGUUGAAAUCUCAGCUGAUGGUUGCAUUAUAGCCUUUCGGUAUCGCGAUGACAAGAAUAAUUCUGUUAUGAUAACCGUAUCCAGUAAUCGCUGCCUAGUUAAGCUUUGGAGAAUUACUGAUGACAGAGAAAUAAAAUCUGAAAACAAACUAGUAUCAUACAAUUACAAGAUUGAAUCAUGUCUAUGGAUAAAAUGUGGUAGCCAAAUUUUAUUAUGGUGGAGAAGGUAUAAUUUUGACAAGCAUCGCGACAAUUAUAAACCUUUGGAUGUGAAUAAUUGGAUUAAUGAAUGUAACAUAGAAGUCUGGAGUCUGAAAGCGUGGCACCUUCUACGAUCAGUAACUGUGCCUGCUUAUAUUGGUAGAACUUGUAAUCAAUAUACUGCUACCACUAAUAUCGAAGGCGGCCAACCCCUAGUUUGUGUAAAUUCCAUUAGCAAUGAUGCUGCUCUUAUGAUUUUAGCCUAUAAGAAUAUUGUUGGUUUGGUCAAUUUGGAAAGAAAAGAUCAUGAUCCUGAAAUCUGCCGAAAAGGAUUUGCGAAGAACUUUCGACUUACACUCGAUCUGUCACAUUCAUCUAGUGUUGCAAAUAUUACCAUAUCAGAUGACCAGCAGUUUGUAGCCAUUAAUUGUGUCAAAUCCUCGGACGAAAAUAUCUACUUAAUGACCAUUAGAAAUAAUCAAAUUCGAUCGUAUAUGAAGAUCAAUAUGGCGCAUGCAAAAAGUUUGACAUUCAUGCCUGAUACCGCUGUAUUAUUUGUUUAUGAGUCAUCUAGCGAAAAUUGCUUGUAUGAAUAUAAUCUGCAAGACGAUAAUUUGCGUUGGCAAAAUUUUCAAAAUAAUAAAGCAAUCCAAGACUACCUUACACAAGAAGAAAGUCAACGCGUUGAGACACAAAUACUGGAUGUAAAUUAUGCCUAUAUUAAUGGUGUUCCUUUCGUGGCUCAGCUGAUAGAGAAUGACACUACUUGCAAACUGGAGAUUCGCGAAUAUGAAGCAAAAUUAUGCGUACGAAAGUUCUAUCACUCAUUAGAGAACGGUUAUUAUCGAUGUUUCUUAUAUAAUGAUUUCCGAUCAGCCGUCGUUGUUCGUUUCUAUCGUCAAAAUUUAGGCUUAAACAUGGUCAUUGCAGAGAUCAUCGACUUUUGCAGUGAAAAGGAUCGUACAGAAAUUAAGAAAUUACUAGACCAUAAUAUAUCAUUAAGAGGUCGGAUUUUCGAUUUAAAAACGAGAUAUAGGGGAAGAGAUAACACUUUAAUAUUCGUCGUGAGCACUAAGGGUGAUGGCGGUGGACUGGGAAUGAUAAUAAUUACGAUAAAUCUGGAGACGGAAGAGAAAAUGAUUUACCAAGAAGAAAGUCGUUAUCGAAGUAUGGACCUUUUGUAUUACGAUGAUGAUUACCUCGUAACUUGCCAGACAGAGAGGAAGGAAAGAAUGAAAGAUGAACUCGAUCACGAACACAGUAUCAAAUGCUACAAGUUUGGUGAUGGUAAAAGUCAGAUACAGCUGCUGGAAAGAUGUUCAUUCGAUAGUCAGCAUGGAUUAAUUUAUAAGUUAACUCUACCUACUAAUUUAAGCCAUUAUAAGUUGGACAUUAAAUACUCGUCGUUAAAUUUGGACACAGGAAAGCUACUUGAAGAAUGGGGAGAGAAAGAUGGCAAUUUACUUAUGACGCACGCAGGAAGCCUUUGGAAAUACCAAUAUAUCUGCUUGCUCGAAAAGGGAGAACAUUUAGCAAUAUUAAAUGGCUGGGGAAGAGUUAAAAUGAAACGUUAUAAAAAUAAUAUUGUAAAAUUUGACUUUGAUACAUCUAUCUUCAACUGCGAAAAUUUGUGGUCUGACAAGUUUUUAAUAGUCUUAGAAGAUAAUUCUUUACAUAUUCAUAUUUAUGAAGCACAAACACUACAAUUAUGCCGUGUUCUACCACUUUCUCAUCUUGAUAUGUGGUACAUGAAAUGGAAUUGUCAACAGUCUUCGUUCAUCGUGAGCAACAUGAAUAGAGAUCGAGUGCUGCGGGCAUUAGCAGUAGCGCAAUUUCGUAGUUUUACUGCACUUUUGCAAAUUUAA